AUGUUAUAUCUAACCCUGAGUUUGGUUUUCUCCUACGUUAGUCUGGUGCACUGUCAGCUUUCAGAUCUUCACAAAAAUGUACAAAUUGACUAUAAACCGGUCACCAUAUGUGAAGAGACACCUGGCGUGGCAUCCUUUUCGGGAUACCUCCAUUUGCCCCCAGGCACUUUAGAGGAAGUCGGACUAGAUCAGUCCUACCCGAUGAAUAUUCAUUUCUGGUACUUCCAGAAUCGCGAAAGAAGAGAUGAUGCACCCUUGACAGUUAAUCUAGGAGGUGGCCCAGGAGCCUCAACCUUGAUGCAACUGUUUAGAGAGCACGGCCCGUGCAAAGUCAAUGCGGAUAGCAGUACUACGCGUCUGAACCAGUGGUCGUGGAAUUCAGAGUCCGAUAUGCUGUAUCUCGAUCAGUCUGUUCAGACUGGGUUUAGCUAUGAUAACCUCGAGGAGGGGACACAAAGCGCUUUUGGAGAAGUGUUGCUUGAUGUGAAUUCAAAAAGUGCUAAGAGCUCGUCAAUGCCAGGCUCCCGCCGAGGCCUUUUCAGCAGCAACAACCCAAAAAGCACUACCAAUAGCACCCAGAGUGUGGCACAGAGCACAUGGCUCUAUAUGCAGCUCUGGCUAGCGAUGUUUGAAGAACGUCAAUCUUCCAACCCGACAAUAAACAUCUGGUCGGCCUCAUAUGGGGGUCAUUAUGCACCCACCAUGGUGAAAUAUACCCUAGAGCAGAAUGAACGACUCAAAUCUGGAGCUCUGAGCUUAGAUCUGUAUCGGGAGAUACACAUCGGCUCAGUAGGAUUGACCAACGCCUGCCUCGACGCCCCUGUUCAAUUACCACAUUAUGCGGAAAUGGCAAGAGCAAACACAUACAACAUAUCUCUUAUCACCGUGGCCGAGUAUGAAUCUGUGCAGCAGCACCUGACAAAACCCCACGGUUGCCUGGAGAAGAUUGCUGCAUGCAGAGCUGCGGCACCUGCCCAAGCAGACGACUUCGGGCAGAAUGCAACUGCGAAUGCGAUAUGUCACGAAGCAAACUCCUACUGUGGAAAGCAUAUUGCGAGCAUGUUAUCCACAAGUGGGAUCAGCGCGUUCGACAUUGGGUAUCCAGAUGAUGUUCUUCCAGACUCGCUGAUGGAUACAUAUUUUGGGUACCUGAAUCAACGUCAUAUCCAGGAAGCACUGGGGGUACCACUCAAUUUCAGCGCCAACUCACCAGUAGUGGCUCGAGCCUUCUCGAUGAGUGGUGACAAUGUAAAGGGCGGGAGUUUGGAAGCGAUAGGAAGCAUCCUGGACAGCGGGAUCAGCGUGACGUUAAUGUACGGCGAUCGUGAUUUUGCUUGCAACUGGCUCGGAGGCAAAGCUCUUUCACAGGCGAUACAAUGGUCUAAGGCACAAACUUUCCGAAAGGCAGGUAUCCAAGACAUUGUCAUUCCAUUGUAUCCCAAAGCGGCACAGGUUCAACAGGGAGGAGGAUUAUCCUUCAUUCGUGUUUAUAGUGCCAGCCACAGUGUAGGAAUGCAGCAGCCACAGAUCGCACACACAAUUUAUAAUCGUGCCAUCACGGGCCUUGAUAUCGCCACAGGAAGCGUUCUCGCUGAUGCAAGCUAUGCCACAUUUCAUGAAUACCCGUCGUGGGAGUGGGAAGACGAGCGACCACCAGUUGCCGAAGACAAUCCAUGCUAUACUCUGAACUUGGGACUUUGCAGCAAAAGCCAACGACAAAUGUUCCUUGAUGGAUCUGGCUUGGUUCAAGAUUUCUUUCUAAUUGCUGAUGGAGCGGGAGAGUGUAUUCCCAAUCCGGUGCGACCGUGUGUGGGGAAUAAAGGGCUACCGGCUUGGGAUCUAAGGGCUCAGGUCGAAAAGCCUAAAGAACAAUUCAAUCUCGGCUUCAUAAUCUUGGUAUCGGCGACAGCUCUGGGAUACGUGACUUGUGUGGGAAUAUUGGGGCUGUUGUGGGUAAAAAGUCAUAAACAUCAGUAUGCAAGCCUCUAA